AUGGAGCCGACGAACCACCUCGGUCAUAGUUACAACAAACAACCCGACGUGGACGCGUACAACAUUGGCAGGGGCGGCAAGCGCUAUUCCGGCGAUGUCAAGGUCUGCCCCCUCACCAGCAGCGGGGAGCACGGUCGGAAGGGCGCUUUUGUCGCUUUCGGCAACACCGAAUCAUUCUACCGGAACAUGGUCAUGGGGCAUGGGCCCUACUGCGAGGAGGGAGAGGGAGGGGGGGGGAGGGUGGUGGGCGGCGACCGCCGCAUACCGUCCUAUGGCGGCGAGUAUCGCUACGCCAGGGAGGACAAGGACGUCGGCGUGCAGCUGCUGCUGUUCGAGUCGUUCGGUGGGUUCGGGAAGGGGGUUGGCGAGAUCCUGUGGAAGGCGGCGAACGUGCUGCAGAACAAACUGACGCGGGCCCAGUACCUCGAUGAG